GCUCCCGCCAAAUUUAAACGGCGCUUCCGUUUGCGAUGGUAACAGGGGAUUAUUGAAAGUUUCCUCUCUCCGAUCGGCCGUCGUCUGCGUUUUCAUGAGUUUAGCUCUCUCUGGGGAAGGAAGAGACCGCUGCCUCCAUGAUGGAUAAUUGUACUUUUCCAAGAUACAGUGACAAUGACAUUGUGGUACGCAUUCGCAACUCUUUAUUAAGUGGAAAUGAGGCUAAAUUUUUUUCAAAAAGUGAUUUAUUUCCAAAUGUGAAGCCUGAAAUAUUGCGUAUGAUUUUCAUGAGAGUUUUACAAAGUGUGUAUGGGAUCCGUGUGGAACAUUUUUACACGAUGCCAGUGACAUUUGAAACAGCAUAUCCUCAGAUUUUUGAAGGCUUUCUACCCAUUGGAAAUCUAUUUGUUAAUAUGGAGCGAUUUUUCCCCAUCUGUCGUGUCAAUGACUUCCAGAUUGCAGACAUUAUACAUCCAAAAGCAAACAGGACAGCUCGAUUUUUGAGUGGUAUUCUUAAUUUUCUAUACUUCUGUGACUCACGGCGUGAAGUCUACUUGGAAAUCCAGAGUGUACAUAAAACAGCAAUGGAAAAAGAACAACAACUUCAGGUGGCAAUCCAGGAUGCAACACUGAAGCUGGAAAAGAUGGAUAUUGUUCCUGCAGACCAAGAAGUGGAGUUUAAGGAGUUAUCUGAAGAAAUUCAAGAACUACAGCAUAAACUCAACCAAGAAUAUCGGCAAAAAACAAAUGUUUUGCAAGAAAUGAUCCAUCAAAAAAGAAUGGAAAUUGCAGAAAAAAAUCAAAAUUUAAACGAUCUGAAAAUGGCAGUUUGUUAUCUAAAACAAGAACAAGAGCAACUGAAGUCCAGGAUUACAGAGUCUCCAGAGAAACUCACUAAUUGCAGAGAACGAAUGAAGCAGACACAGCAGAAGAUUAAAAAAGACAAGCAAGAAGUAAUUGAGAAGUAUGAAUCUUAUAGAGACUUGGUAGAGAUGUUUCCAUCGUGUCAACAGGAGGUCCAAUUUUACAGGAAAAAAAUGCAAACACAAGGAGCAAAUAUGGAUAAGCUAUCAAAUAUAUUGGCCCAGAUCAGAACGUUAGAGGACCAGACUGAGAAUAGCAAAAGUGGAUUCAAGAAUGCUAAAACGGAAGAAAUGUCAUUGAAGAGAUUAGUCACAGUUAAACGUGAAAAACUUGCUGCUCUUGAAAUCAAACUUAAAAAGAUAUAUGAGAAUACUGAGCUGCAGAAACAGGCGAUAACUGAAUGCUGCAAUAAAUUUCAAGAGAAGAGAGGAGCUGUCUGUGAAAAACUGACAGCAACAGACACAGAAAUCAUGCAACUCAAAGGUGCCAUUCAACAGCUCAGUGACAAUGUUGAGAAAGAGAAGGUGAAAGAGAAGAUCAACUCCAGAAUGAUAUACCGCAUAGCAAUGGCUGGUGUUUUUAAGGUUUCACAAUCCAUUUACAGCCAGUCCUUAAAUGGCUCUAGAACAAAGAUAGAAAAAGUGUUGCACAAGACUUCAUGUGGCACUAGCAUUCCUGGAGGAGAUCUACCUCAGCUUGAGGAUUGGGUUGGAGAAAUAUCAUGAAAAUCUGGCCAGGACAGUGAACAGCUACAUAUCAUCCAGAGAAGACAAAAUUGCUCAAUUAACUGGACUUUUUUGAUAGUGUAAUUCUAAUUAUUUUACAUCAUUUUCUUGUUCUAAAAAUAUGGAAUAGCUUGUUAAUUGCAAGAACUGUAGAGUUUACAAAUUUCUGUUGAAGUAUCAAAUGACUAUUUUCUGUUUUCCAUUAUGUUAAUUUUUUCUUAAAUGAAUAGAAUUGCGGGAUGCAAUUUGCUUCCAUUGGAUAAUAAUAGUAUCUUACGGAUGGUCAUUAUUUGUAAAUUUUCUUCAGUCAUAUAAUAAAGUUUUGUGAAUCUAAAAGUUUAUAAACCCUAACCCAACAUUUUCUCUGUUAGAAUGGUUCUUUUUAAUCACAUUGUUUAAAAAAUCACUUGAAUUUUCAGCAACAAAUAUUGGCCAUUGAAUUCUUUGAAUUUUGAGAUCUUAUGCAUACUAUUGUAAAUAGUUCCUGUAGCACCAAUUAUUUUAACAACCCAAAUCUCAGGAGAUUACUAAAUCCUACAAGAAUUUUGCAGAGUGAGUGAGCACAACAUGCUCAGCUAGGAAUUUUUAAUCUUGAAAUUUGGGGUCCUAUGAACAUCUUCUGAAUUACUUGCAUGAGCCAAAAUGCCCACUGGCAUCACUUCUGAUCGAGGGUUUACAUAUGAUGAUUUAGAAAUCUAAAAAAUAAAAGUUAAGACUCACUAACCUACAUGUUUCAUUUUUCUACAUAAUAAAAACAAAUUUGAUAAUCUCUUUCUGAUGCAUUAAUGGUGAUGUGUUUAUAAAGAAUAUAGCAUGGAUUUUUUAAAUAAAAAUGGUUAUUUGUAUCUAAACGAAUCUUUAGCUCAAUAUUAAUUAGCAAUCCCAAAUUCAGCAUUUUAAU